AUGGGUUGGUUGUGCCUCCUCUUCCUGCUCUUUACUACUUGUCAAUUCAACUCUACUUGUUCAUCAUCAUCUAACUCUUCCUCUUCUCUUUCUUCAGGGCAUUUAUGCCAUCCCCACGACAGCUCCGCUUUACUCCAGUUCAAAAACUCCUUUUCUGUUGAUACCUCUUUUGAUAUUUGGACAUUUGUUUGGCGAGGAAAGGAUUGUUGCACAUGGUUUGGAGUCACUUGUGAAAAGGUGACAGGUCAUGUGAUCGGUCUCGACUUUAAUUUCGGCCUUCGAGGCAAGAUCCAUUCCAAUAGCAGCUUAUUCUUUCUUCACCACCUCAAGAGGCUAGACCUCCGUGGAAAUGAUUUUGAAGGUUCCCCUAUUUCAUCCAAGUUUGGUGGAUUUGUAAGUAUGACUCACCUUUACCUCUCUGAAUCCAAUGUAACAUUAGAUACUCUUAGCUUGAACAGAAUUGUUCAAAACCUAACCAAUCUUAGGGAGCUUGAUCUGGCCGAAGUUGAUAUGUCAUCAGUUGUACCUGAUUUUUUCAAGAAUUUAUCUUCUUCUUUGACAACUCUUAGACUCUCCUGGUGCAACUUGCAAGGAAAAUUCCCAGAAAGCAUUUUCCGCCUACCAAACCUUCGAGUACUAGACUUACGUGGGAACGAAAACCUCACAGGUUCUUUCCCCAAGUCUAAUUGGAGCAGUCCCCUUGAAACCUUGGACCUCUCUUAUACUAGAAUCUCAGUAGAUUGGCAUCAUAUGACAAGAAAUUUCAAGUGUUUGAGAGAUUUGUAUCUCAGAAAUUGCAGUUUUGUAGGAUCAUAUCCUUUAUUUCUUGGUAACCUCACACAAAUCAUGUGGUUGGACCUCUCGUCUAACAGUUUUGGUGGCCAAAUCCCAUGGUCGCUUUUAAACCUUGAGAGCCUCGUUUACUUGGAUCUUAGUGGCAACAAUUAUGUCGGUCAGUUUCCAGAAGUUGAUAGCAACUCGACAGGGAUCGCUUCUUUAUAUGAUUUUUCAAAACAACAACUGGUGGGUCCUAUUCCUCGACACUUAACCGACCUCUAUUUAUAUGGGAACCAACUCAACGGAACAAUACCAUCUUGGUUAGGUAGUUUGCCAUCAUUGGAGGAGUUAUCCCUCAAAAUGAACCAACUCAGCGGUAAUAUCAUUGAGUUCCAAUCUCGUUCUUUGUCAUUGCUUAAUUUAAGUGAUAACAAGCUGCAUGGCCUGAUUCCGAUUGGUAACCUCACACAAAUCAUGGACCUCUCGUCUAACAGUUUUGGUGGCCAAAUCCCAUGGUCGCUUUUAAACCUUGAGAGCCUCGAUUACUUGGAUCUUAGUGGCAACAAUUAUGUCGGUCAGUUUCCAGAAGUUUAUAGCAACUCGACAGGGAUCGCUUCUUUAUAUGAUUUUUCAAAACAACAACUGGUGGGUCCUAUUCCUCGACACUUAAUCACGCUCUAUUUAGAUGGGAACCAACUCAACGGAACAAUACCAUCUUGGUUAGGUAGUUUGCCAUCAUUGGAGGUGUUAUACCUCAAAAGUAACAAACUCAGCGGUAAUAUCAUUGAGUUCCAAUCUCGUUCUUUGUCAUGGCUUGAUUUAAGUGAUAACAAGCUGCAUGGCCUGAUUCCGAGAUCAAUCUUUGAACUUGAGAACCUUGGAUACCUUGAUCUAUCAUCCAAUAACUUGAGUGGCACUGUGGAGUUUGAAAAGUUUUCAAAGCUUCAAAGUCUUUUAUUGCUUUAUCUUUCUUCUAACCAUCUAUCCUUGAGUUUCAACCAUUUGAGUAACAAUAGCUGGCCUCGACUUUCGAACCUAGCUUUGUCGUCUUGCAACAUAAGUGAGUUCCCAUACUUUCUAAGAGCCUCACCAAACUUGGAAACGUUAAACCUUUCCCACAACCGAAUCCAAGCCGACAUUCCCAAAUGGUUGUUGGAUUUGGGGAAGGAUUCAUUGACGUCUUUGGAUCUUUCUCACAACUCUUUGACUGGCAAUGUAGGACAUCUUCGGUGGAAAAAUCUCCGGUAUCUUGACCUUCGCAACAAUUCUCUCCAAGGAGAGCUUCCAAUUCCAUCACCUUCCACAAUUUUCUUUAAAAUAUCAAACAACCAAUUGACUGGAGAGAUUCCUCCAACCAUUUGUAGCUUGACUAGGCUUGAAAUCCUUGAUUUGUCUAAUAAUAAAUUGAGUGGCAAAAUUCAUCAAUGCAUAGGGAAUUUCAGCCAGAGCCUCUCUGUUUUGGAUCUACGGAAUAAUAAAUUUCAUGGCGUGAUUCCUGGGACAUUUUCUGAGGGAAACGUUUUGAGAAAUCUUGAUCUUAAUGGAAAUCAGUUGGAAGGGUCGUUGCCGCAAACUUUGCUCACAUGUAGAGAGUUGGAAGUUCUAGACCUUGGAAACAACAAAAUUCAUGAUACAUUCCCAAAUUGGCUGGAAUCUCUUCCGAAGUUGCAGGUUCUUAUCUUGAGGUCUAACAAAUUCUAUGGUGAAAUAGGCAUUCCGGAAACUAAGUUUCCAUUUCAAAAAUUGCGUAUCAUGGACCUAUCGUACAAUCGGUUUAGCGGUCUCUUGCCAACAAAAUAUUUUGAACAUUUGACGGCCAUGAUAAACUCGCAAGAACAUGAACUGAAAUAUAUGGGAGAGGGCUACUAUCAAGACAGUGUGGCAGUGGCAAUUAAAGGCAAUGUAAUUGAAAUGACGAAGAUCCUGACUUUCUUCACAGCUAUUGAUUUCUCAAACAACAGUUUCAGAGGAGAGAUUCCAAAUGUAAUCGGUAAGCUUAAGUCAUUGAAGGGGCUUAACUUUUCUCAUAAUGAGCUUACAGGUACAAUUCCACCCUCGUUUGGCUGUUUGAGCAAUCUUGAAUGGUUAGAUCUCUCUUCAAACGUGCUUGUUGGUGAGAUUCCGAUGCAAUUGACAAGUUUGACAUAUCUUGAAAAGUUCAGUGUUUCAAAGAACCAACUUGUUGGACCCAUACCUCACGGCAAGCAAUUUGAUACAUUUGAAACUGAUUCAUACAUUGGGAAUGUAGGAUUGUGUGGAUUUCCAGUUGUAAAAACAUGCAGUCCACAUCAAUCACCGCCAUCAUCAUUCCAACAAGAUGGUGAUUUGAAGCAUGAGAAUGGAUUUGAUUGGAAGAUAGUGUUGAUGGGGUAUGCAUCUGGGGUGGUAAUUGGAAUAUCUGUGGGAUAUCUUGUUCUCUCUAAUGGAACACCAGAUUGGCUUGUUAAAGUGGUAGGAAGAAAGCAACGUUGUAGAAUAGUGAAAAUCACACAGCGACGUGCUUGA